AUAGCACGUGGAUAAGUGUGUUGUGUUUGAAUCGAUUUCCAUUUGGUAUUUUUUUAGGUUAGCGAGACGAGAUUCCUAGUGCAGAUUUAAUGGUAUAUGAAUUGAGGCCUCUAUAUAACAAGCUGGCUUAGGUCUCUCUCUCUCUACGACUUAUUAAUAGGCUGAGAAGGUGCGACUGAAAGGCGAGAUGAAGCCAAAAAUGAAGAAAUCAAAAAGUAGAAAGACGCCUAUAACAGAUGAAACCAGGCGCAUACUUGAAUCCUACUGGGAGCGUGGGCUAACCGGGUACAGUGUUGCGGACAUAGAAAAGAGAAAACUUUUGCAAGAGGCUAUAAAUGAAACUGGAAUGGAAGAACCUAGGAUAAAGGACUGGAUUGGCAAUUAUCGGCGCAAAAAGUUGGGAAGAAAAUAUCAAACAAAGCCGUCAAAGAAAUUUUUAAAGAGAAAAUUGACAGGAUACAAUGUGUUCUGUUCAGAGUAUAUCAAAACAAAAAUACAAGGGGGGUCAACCUACCAAGAGGCAGUUGCAUCACUAGGAGGUAAAUGGAAGGAGGCGAAAGAAUCGGGGAAUGUUGAGUCAUAUAAUGCCAAGGCAGCUGAAGUUAGUAAACAACGUUCAGAAAUAACUUACAACAAUGAUUCCUGUAUAUUCACAACAAAAAUGAAGGAGAUUAUGAAAAGGGUAAAAAUACUGGAGUUGAAUGGUUAUGAUAUUGCAAUAUGCAUUCAGAAGCCACUGGGUCAAAUCAGAGGAUUUGGCACAAAAUCUGGGUUGGAGUUCCUCAAAACCAGCAACGUAAUGAAGCAGUAUGGAGAAUUUAUAAAAGGUUAUGAUGAUGAAGAGGAAGACGAUGAUGAAGAGGAAGACGAUGAUGAAGAGGAAGAUGAUAAAGUGAAUAAGGACGAUGAAGAGGAAGAUGAUAAAGUGAAUAAGGACGAUGAAGAGGAAGAUGAUAAAGUGAAUAAGGACGAUGAAGAGGAUAAAGUGAAUAAGGACAAUGAAGAGGAAGAUGAUAAAGUGGAAGAGGACAAUGAAUUGGAGAAUAAAGCAAAUGUUGAUCAAGUGGAAGAGGAUGAUGAAUCGUUGAAUGAAAACACAGAUUUAGAACAAUUAUGCAGAAGUCUAGGUAUGAAAGUGGAAUGACGAGGAGAGACGAAGGAAAAAGUUGCAUUUAAAGUUGGUGAUUGUGGACAGACAGCAUCUUUAUGUCCAAAUACUGUAUUUCUAAAACUAAAUAGGAUGAAAUAGGCCUAUGCAAGGUUUUACUGAAGUUUUAGUAAUACGGCAGUGGCGGAUUCAAGGGGCCCCUAGUCGGCCCGGCCGCACCACCUAAAUUUUUCAAUAUAAAAAAAAUGGAGAAAUCAAUAAAAUUAUAAUCAAAUUAAGUCCAAGAGUACCAUUUCCGGCCCCCUAGAGGUGCUAUAAUCACAUUUUUUUAAAUC